AUGAAUAGUAUGUACAUCAGUACAUCUUAUUAGAAUGGAUUGAAAAUAUUCGUUGAUGAAUUUUAGUGUUGAAAAAAAUGGAAUGAAAACAUUGUGGUUUUCAUCCGUAAUGGAUCGUUCGAAUGGACUUAUUGUGCGCAAGAGCACAUAUAAACGUCAUAUAGCCAGCCUACAAUGGACCGCGUAAGGUUUAUGCGUGAACUUUCCACUCGGUAUAUUUAUGCAGUAGUGAGUCGCUGCUGCACAUCAUACACUACAUCAAAUAUAAUAAUUAAGAAACAUCAUAUGUAUAUAUAGAAUAGAAUAGACACGAUUGAGAUAGGAAUAUACAACAAUUGGCCAAACAUAAGAAGAAGAACCUGAUAAUCUAUAACAAUUUGGACUCUGAGUUGUACGGACGGUUUAAGUAGGUAUUCUUUCCUUGAGAGAUCAUCAUCCAUUCAUUCAAGAUUGAGAAAAACAAAUAGUGACGGACAAGAUGAAAGCAGUACGGAAAGGUCGUGAAAAAAAGGAGGAGCUUGAGGAUGUCGCGGACGUUUUAGGGGGUUCGGUGGCUGCAACGAGUAUUGCCUUGGCUGGUCGCCACAGGCCCGAAGAAUUAGCUACGUUAGCCAAAACAACGAGAUUCACCAGAAAGGAGAUUCAACUCAUCUACCGUGGCUUUAAACAAGAAUGCCCAACUGGUCUAGUUGACGAAGAGGGCUUCAAACAGAUAUUCUCACAGUUCUUCCCUCAGGGCGAUGCCAGUCAGUACGCUCACUAUGUCUUCAAUACGAUGAAGCGGAAACCAUCUGGAAAAAUAAGUUUUGAGGAAUUUCUUUCAAUUCUAUCAAAAGUAUCACGUGGAUCUGUUGAGGAGAAACUUCAAUGGGUUUUUGGUCUUUACGAUUUGGAUGGCGAUGGUUUAAUAAGUAAAGAAGAAAUGCUCGAUGUAGUUGGCUCUAUAUAUGAAAUGCUAGGUCGUUAUACUCAGCCACAAAUUGCAGAACCACAGCUAGCAGCAAGAGAGCACGUUGAUCGUAUUUUUCAUCUCAUGGAUACAAAUAAAGAUGGAGUUGUCACAAUUGAGGAGCUUGUAACGUGGUGUUCAAAGGAUGAACAACUAUUACGGAGUUUAGAUACACUGGACACAGUAUUAUGAAAAUUUAUAAUUUAUCAAACGAAGAGAAAAAAAAAUUCUAUUUAUUGUACAUUCAUUAUAAUGUCGUUAUAAAUGUCGGUUUAACAAAUUGACAUAUUGCAUUGUGCCAAACCAAUUGGAAAUUUGGGAUUUGUAUGGAACAUGAAAUUCAAGAAUAUCAACAUCAACUGAGA